CAACAUGUAUUCAUAAAAGACGAGUUCCAUUUCCUUGAUGUUCCUGGAGUAGGAAGAUCCUCAACUCUCGACAUCUAUGACUGUAUAUUUAAAUGCCUCUCGAAUCCUCAAGGCAAUUCUGUAAACAUGGCCGCUGAAACGAACGCCGUCAGAAAACUUUGGUGCGAGCUUCUUCCUUCUGACAUAUACAAGAAUUCAAAGGAUUACAACAAGAACAUGAGUUCACAUCAUUUUUCUAUGAAAGUAAGUGCUUCAUUCUAUGGUGCUUUUUCGUCAAAAACAUUUUGGGGCUAUGCUGUCGCUUUCCUUCAUAUAGUUCGGUUAUUAUUUCCAAGGCGAUGCUAGUUUCUCUUCUUGGGACCAGUGAAUCAAAGGGUGAUCAAUUACUUUUUUUCUUACAAAUAUACCGAUAGAAAAAUUAUUUGCUGGCGCAAGUAUCGUCAGCCCACGUUGGGCGAGAAAAAAAAUAAUUUCCAUGAUACUGAAAAAUAUUAAACAGAUUAUGUCAAGCAGGAAGCUCAAGCAGGUGCCUAGAGGGAGUAACAGAGCGGGGGUGGAAUGAUAUGAUAACAAAAGUUGUUUUUUAAAGAGUAGCUAUUCCGUUAUAGUAAGGAAGUUGCUUUCAAACCGAAAUAUAGGAACACUGUAAACUAAACUUGACAAGUUUCCCUCAACUGAGAGUUUCUCCCUGCCAAUGAAGAUGGCCUUGAAAUUUUGUCUUUGUCCAAAACCUGAUAUGCCAGCUCUUCAUCAAGAAUGCAUUUGAAGAAAUAGGUAUUAAAAAGUGAUUUGCAAAUGAAAAAUGGAUUGAAAAAGUCAUUUGAUAGGGACAUGUAAAUUGUCUUUGCGAACAAUGUGAUUGACAGGGAGCUCUAGUAAAAAUAAAUGGAUGUCACAUUUCCUUUACAAGAGUAACCUAUUAAGAAACUUGACUUUGCAGAUGCCUUUUUUAGCCUCUGGAGACUGGUGUUUUAUGAUAAACUGUUUUGCUACUUCUACAGACACCUUGCUCUUCCUCUCCAUGCCAAAAUGGAGGUACGUGUUUAACAAACUACAAAGAAGACACCUAUCACUGCCUCUGUGAAGACGGCUUUAUUGGAACAUAUUAUGAAAAAGGUAAGCAUUUUUUUUGCAAACUCUGGGGCGCAAUGGUGGUGGUGACAAGUGAGACGAAUUUCAAGUAAAAAAAAUAGCUCAUAGACAAUAUGCAAUAAUGAUGAAAGAUGGGAUAUUCUGGAACUAAGCAAUAGUCUGUGUAUAAAAAAUCCCUUCCUUAAAAAGAUCCUUUUCGGUAAAAAUUUCAUUAUCAUUUUACUCACGUUAGUUUACCCAGGCAGAAAAUUUACUUGUUUUUCAAUAGAAAAAAAUUGACAAAUCUGUAACCAUAGAUAAUAAUCAUAAGAUUUCAUUUAUUGUAAGCACGAUAAAAUUAUAUGGGUGGUAACGAUAAUAAUAAUGAUUAUUACCAAUAUUCAACUAUGCGAUAAAGAACACUUAAUUUUUUGAGAAUUUUUUUAUUGCUCUGUAAUGGACUGUGGGAGGCGCAGUGGCCUUAUGACGGGUUAUAAUGGUCGAGGGUCCUUGUGGUUACAAGGGUCGAGGGUCCGAUAUGGCCGUGUCAAUGUCCUUGUCGAUGGUGAUGGUGGACUAGUAUCUCAUAGUCACCUCAUGCUCUAAAAACCGGGAUAAGUUCCUGCUGGAUGAGCCAGUUGAGUCGAGUGUAUACCUCUGUACUGACCUAACGAUCUAUCUGUUAAGGACUUUAUAUGAAAUCUUCAUAUAUUAUAGUGCGUACUGUUCAAACUCAUCACUUUGUGCCUCUUUCAACCAGUUAAACAGUCAAGUGGUUACUCUUCGCUUUAACUCAGAACCCGUUUCCGUUCUUUGUCAAAUGGGAGAUUUUGGAUGUGGAGCAGGACCAUGGACGCCAAUCAUGAAGACUGAUGGCAACCAGGUUAGACAUGAAGUGCGUAAUCAAUAUGUCUCUGCUUAGUCAAUUUCUGAAGGAUAUAUUAGGUGUGAAUUUGUUUGCUUGCCACUUCCGUCAAUAAAGGUGUUUAAAUUUCGCGAAUCUUGGCCAUAACUAAGUGAAAAAAAGCUUGCAGACGUUAAUUCACUGCUAAUAAGGAUCUACAAAAAUGUUACGUGAUUUGAUUUGUGACAAAACCUCUUAUGGUAAGCUCUUGGAAGUUCGUUGAAUUCAAAAGUUUCUAACGCAAGCUGGAUGGCACAAAUCGUGAAAUUAGGGAAAGGGAGGCCGAGUCCCAAAAACAGGAGGUAUCUGAACUAUUGCCAUUUCAUCAAGCCUCGAAUGUUGAGACCGGUAAUUAAGAGAAGCAAAAUAACAUUUUCUUCUUCCUUUUUAGAAUACCUUCCAUUUUGACUCUGUUUACUGGAAUAAUUCAAAAAGUUACAACCUCCCAGGAGGCCAGACUGGCUUUGAUGGCAAUGAGACCAAAUUACCGACCUAUUGGAGUACAUCUUUCUCCAAGAUCUGUCUUGGUAUGAAGGUUGACCAACAGUUAAGAUUUAUUGUCAUAAACCACAUGGCUGCCUCUUUGCAUUCACUUAUCGCUGAUGGACAUUACCGCGCCACUUCACUGGGUCGAGAUUCAUGGAAGUCCCUCCUUGAGUCACAGAGCUCAUUGCAGCUACACUGCAAUAGGGAAGGCUUCAACUCUGAUGGUGCGAUUGUUAAAACAAGAAUUGGUAUCGAGCCUAACGAGGGGUCGGAUGGCUGCGACAGUUGUGAUUCAAGGAUAGGGUUUGGUGGUGCUAACGGGGAUGAUGACUCCAACACGUGUGGAAACAAAACUUACUUGUACCCGGAUAACGGUGACAAAAGUAUUAGAGCCAUGGGAUACAUUUUCGCUCAAUGA